AUGUUUUCUUUGUCCUUCAUUGCAUCCACUAUCUCAUCCAAACUCAAUCCGGUGUUGCAUCCAGACUUUAUUUUUAACAGAACGAGAACAGGAAAGCGGUUUCAUCAGUUGUGCAAUUAUGUUCAUGAAUUCGCAGACGAUAUAAUUGAAGCACGUAGAAAUAUUCUGGAAACAGAUCAUGAAGAAACAGAAUAUGAAUAUACAGAUUUCCUGGAUAUUGUACUCAUGGCACAAGAUGAAAAUGGUGUCGGACUCACUGACAAAGAAAUACGUGCGGAGGUUGACACAUUUUUAUUCGCUGGCCAUGACACCACAAGUUCUGCAAUAAGCUGGGCUAUUUACACCCUUGGGCAAUAUCCGGAAAUACAAGAACAGAUAUAUGGAGAGGUCAUGCAAGUGGUUGGGACGAAAAAUGUAGAACCGGACCAUUUGAGUAAGCUGAAAUACAUGCUGUUCUUCAUUAAAGAGGUAAUGCGCAUGUACAGUAUUGUACCAGUGAUAGGACGAUCUUUGAAAGAACCUUUAACAAUAGAUGGAGUCACACUGCCCGCAGGUGCAUUAAUAGAAAUCAACAUUCACACGAUGAACCAUAAUCCAGCAGUUUGGUCGGACCAUGAGGAUUUCAGACCGGACAGGUUUUCAGAAUCUGAGCCAGAGAGAGAUCCAUUCAGCUUCAUUCCAUUUUCAGCAGGGACUAGAAACUGUAUUGGUCAAAACUUUGCUUUGAAUGAGUUAAAGGUUGUUCUGUCUCGUCUUGUGCAAGCAUUUCGUAUAGAACUAGACACAAGCCACGAGGUAGUUCCACAGCCAAAAUUGGUGAUGAGACCAAAAAAUGGAAUAAAAGUUUUUCUGCGUUCACGCUGA